UUCACCACAACAUCAGACAUCAUGGCCUCCGCAGCUCCGGAGGAUUUAACUGAGAACCGGGAGGGUUUAGCGGCCUCAGGAGACACCGGGACACCGGGGGAAGACACACGGACACCGGGGGCUGCUGCCCGGGACAAGCCGGUGUGUCUGAUCGUGCUGGGGAUGGCGGGAUCCGGGAAAACAACCUUCGUUCAGAGGCUGACGUCUUACCUUCACACUCGUAAAUCUCCUCCUUACGUCAUCAACCUGGACCCCGCCGUGCACGAGGUGCCCUUCCCUGCUAACAUCGACAUCAGAGACACGGUGAACUAUAAGGAGGUGAUGAAGCAAUACGGACUCGGACCAAACGGAGGAAUCGUCACGUCCCUCAACCUGUUCGCCACGCGCUUCGACCAGGUGAUGCAGUUCUUAGAGAAGAAGCAGCAGAACCACCGGUACGUCCUGAUCGACACCCCCGGGUCAGAUUUGAGGGUCUUCACCUGGUCUGCGUCAGGAACCAUCAUCACUGAGACUCUGGCGUCGUCCUUCCCCUGCGUCGUGGUCUACGUCAUGGACACCACCCGCAGCGUGAGCCCCGUCACCUUCAUGAGCAACAUGCUGUACGCCUGCAGUAUUCUCUACAAGACCAAGCUGCCCUUCAUCGUCGCCAUGAACAAGACGGACAUCAUCGAGCACAGCUUCGCCGUUGAGUGGAUGCAGGACUUUGAGGUUUUCCAGGACGCUCUGAACCAGGAGACGUCGUACGUUGGAAACCUGACGCGCUCCAUGAGCCUCGUGCUCGACGAGUUCUACUCCAACCUGCGGGUGGUGGGCGUGUCUGCGGUGACGGGAAGUGGACUGGACGAGCUGUUCGUGCAGGUCAGGAAAGCUGCAGACGAAUACGAGAGGGAAUAUCGACCAGAAUAUGAAAGACUCCGCAAACAGCUGCUGGACGCUCAGAGCAAGAAGCAGCAGGAUCAGAUGGAGCGACUCAGGAAGGAUCUGGGAGCCGUGGAUAUGAACACGCCUAAAACAGACGGCGUUGACAUUGCGGGGCCCAGUGACCUCAUCAUGAACCGUGGUAACCCUGACGACAGCGAGGAAGACGAGGACAGCGACACGGACGACAUCGACCACGGAGCAACGGAGGAGAGCAAAGAGACGGACGCCUUCGGAAACUUCCUGAAGGACAGGAAGGAAGUGAUUCAGGUCCGAAACAGGAAGUGUGGGACCCCCGAGGACCCGUGACCUCUAACCUUUGACCCCUGACCUCUAACCCAGAAUCUCUGGAAACUGCAGAACGUUUUCCUCUCCCACUUCCUGUUUGAUCAGGUGACCUGGCUCGGUGAAGCUGAUUGGCUGCUCCUUCCCCUUAAAGAAGUUAUAUUUUUAUACGGAAGACUCUUCUCUUCUGCUCUUCUUUAAUCGUUUUUCUUUAAUGUUUGUAAAAGCACUGAAUGGAUGACCUGCGAAAU